AUUUUUUAUUAUUUAUAGUUCAGCAGAUAAUGUAAUAUAAGCCUGAACGGUAGCCAUGGCGAUUGCAUUCUGACUCUACUUGUAAAUCAACCGCUUCCGGGUAAAAUGGCAGUGAAUGAAAAACUGUUGCACACGUCAAUAUAUGGAUACUACCUGGCAGUGCUAUGUCGUAUCUUGAUGGUCGGCGAUUUGACAGGGGUGUCAUCAAAUACCUUUUUUGAUCUUUAUAUGCGAUUCAAUUCGAGAUUUUUAACCAAAUGGACUUUUAUAGUGAUAUUAAUUUAUUAUUCUUCCAUGGUUCUGUCCCACUUCCUCAACUUGAUUUUUGGUGAAUCCAAAUCAAGUUACAAAUUGCGUAGAUUUGCAGAUGCUCUAUUUACUACAAUUGUACUUCCUAUUGGAAUGUAUAUCACAAUAGGCUUUUGGAUAGUAUACCAUAUUGACAGAGAUCUUAUUUUUCCAAUAUGGUUGGAGGAAAUAAUCCCAGGUUGGGUGAACCACGGCGUCCAUACAUUUAACCUAGUCUUACCUCUGAUUGAUUUGUUUCUGGUGAAGCACACAUUUCCUCCAUGGUCAGAGGCAGUAUAUUAUUCCGCAUUGUAUUGUGGAUCUUACACAAUCUGUCUUUUUGGAACAUAUUUCCAGCAUGGAUUCUGGCUCUAUCCAAUAUUCGAGAAGAUGACAUUAUUCCAGAGUAUUUGUUACUGUAUUGUGAUUUAUAUACUCGUUUUGGUAUUUCACCACAUCGUUAAGCAUGCUGCAAUAAAAUUUGGUAUAUCUGAUAUGGAAAUUCAACAAAAGGAAAAAAAUCAUUGUUCAAAAAAAGUAUCAUAAGGGAAAAAUCUUGCUUCUACAGAAAAGUUAAAAUUUUAGUUGCUGAAAGAACUUUGUCAUAAAUUUUAAAAAUUGAAUAAUCUGAAAAAAAAAUCUGUUGUACUUUAUGUUAAAUAUAUUUAUUUAUUUUUUUAUUUUGUGUGAACUCCUCAAACAUUGGAUGGUUCCAAAUUACAUGUUUGGUGACCCAAAUAUUCAAUUCAAGUGUCAACAUUAGGUCUAUAGGCUUUGAUCUUUC